AUGACCAUCACCACGUCGAGCUUACGAGCACAUCUACUACAAUCGCUCUCUACCCUUCCGAACCGACAUGAUCUCGGUCUGACGAUCCUGGUUUCAGAACCUAAGAAAACCUCCUCUAUCUUCCCGCACACCCCCAUUCCGCCGAAAUGCUUUGAACAGGACUUUCUCAUUGUGCUUUCAUCCGACCUUCCUUCUAACGCCGAUAUCAAACCUCGAGAUCAAGAUAGUACCGAUGCACCAUCAUCGUCAACAUCUACGAGCCUCCCUGAGCAAGACGAAUCACCCAAGAAAGUGUUAGUAUCAGCCAUCUCAGCCAACCUAUAUACCUUCCCAUCCUCUUCUUCAUCUUCCUCGUCGGGUUCGAUUCUUUACAUUUCCAAAGUCGACUCGUCCGGAUACUCUCCCUCUGUCCUCCCACUUACUCGACUACUCAUCGUAUCAUUCUUCAACUUCUUUCUCCUGCACGUACAAAACGUACGGAUCCAGCUAUUCGCCAGAUCGCAGAACCAAUAUUUGUUUGCCAACUCAUCUCAAGGGGGAGGUAAGAAAGUCCUGUCGGGAGCGGGGUUAUGUAAAUGGUGGAAAAACGUUUAUGAAGAAAGUGUCAUAAGUCAUAUCAAGUUGAAAUCGACCAAUUCCACUAAGGAAGGUAAACAGGAAGAAGGGAUAAGAUUGAAUUAUUUGUUACCGGGUUAUGAACAAGUUGAAUCAUUGGACUUGUUAGGUAAAGGAAAAGACCUGCCGGAAAGGUUGAAAUGGGAAUAUAAACCACCUUUCGAUAAUCCCAUUACAUCUACUGGGAAUACCAAUGCCAAUACCAAUUCGAGGAAUUUGCCUGUAUCGUUAGCAACGUUAAUACCCUCUCUACCUGAUGAUCCCAAAACUAGAUUCUUAGAAGAACUAGUCACGGAUAGUUUUCAACAAAAUCCAAAUCCACUCAAACAACGACACCAACAGCAAAAACAAGGAGAGUCUUCUUCAGGAUCAGCCAGUAUGAAGAAGAGUAAGAAGGAGAUAGAGCUGGAAGAGGAGCUAAAUCAAAGACAAUCAUCUCAUAUAGCCUUGAGUAAGAUAGAUAAGAAAGAGUUUUGGGAAAGGAUAGGGUUCAGACAGGAAUGUGCAGGGGACGUUACUGGAUUCUUCACUCUGGAGAUGAGUGGUAAAAACAAGAUCAACGGGGAUAUCGAAAGUGAGAUAAGCAAGAUCACGGGUGAAACUGGAGGAGAAAAGAAUGAGCAAUCUUCGAUGGUCAUUCCUCCUCUACCAUCGACGACGGAAAUAGUCGAUUCGAUUACAUCGCUCGAUCCGGAGAGUGAGAAGGCAUCACUUGAUCAAACCAAAGGUAUACCCAUCUCGUCAAAUUCAAUCCUAACCUCCGUCCCCGCUUCCCAAUCUACAGACCGACCUGAUACAAUACCGAAAGAACCCCUGCUUCGGAUUGAGAUCAUCAAUCGACUACUUACAGCUCUUACCAACUUGGACUUCGCGAAUACCACAUUGGCGAUUGAAGGAAGUGAAAUAUGGUUGAAGCAGGUCAAGUCGAUUGUCAAAGGUGAAAUCGGUGAGGGAAGCAGUGAGGGCUGUUUUGGAGUGAUACCGAGGAAGGUGGAUUUGCCUGAAUCAGGAGCAGGGUUGGUGAGGAAAGAGAGACAAGAAGAGAAGGUCACGAUGCUCAUGCCAAGGAAAAAGAAGAAGGUUUGA